AUGGCGCGGCGGAGACCUGGCCCAGGGUGCCCAGCGCGCCCCGCGCAGCGCGCACAGCGCAGGAGGGCACCGCCUGCAGCGCCAGCUCGGCCACCUCGGGUCCGCGCGCCUUACCCUGAAUGUGGGUCACCCGGGCCUCGGGGUCGUAGGAGCAGAUCUCUUGCAGCAUCACCACCACCGCAUCCCCUCGGUGCUUCUCGGCUACAUGCGGCGAAGGGGGGGGAAGGGGGGGAGGUAAAAAAGGGGAGGGGGUUACAGGAGGUUGAGAUGAAAACGUUGGGUGCCAUGCACGGUUUCCUUGGGUUGAGGGUAUGGCUGGGGUGCGCUGUUUCGUCAUGCUCUUUUGGAGGCACGCGCAAUGGUGAGCAGAUCCUGGGAGCCUCGUUGAGGAUGCAUCCCGUAGGCCACUUCCAAGAAACCCAGCGCGGCAACAUCCUCAUGCAAGGCCUCCUGGUUCGUUAG